CAACAAGAACACCAUCAACAGUAACAAGAACACCAUCAACAGCAACAACACCAUCAACAGUAACAAGAACACCAUCAACAGCAACAAGAACAUCAUCAACAGUAACAAGAACACCAUCAACAGCAACAAGAACACCAUCAACAGCAACAAGAACACCAUCAACAGCAACAAGAACACCAUCAACAGUAACAAGAACACCAUCAACAGUAAAAAGAGCACCAUCAACAGCAACAAGAACACCAUCAACAGCAACAAGAACACCAUCAACAGCAACAAGAACACCACCAACAGUAACAAGAACAUCAUCAAUAGCAAAAAGAACACCAUCAACAAUAACAAGAACACCAUCAACAGCAACAAGAACACCAUCAACAGCAACAAGAACACCAUCAAAAGUAACAAGAACACCAUUAACAGCAACAAGAACACCAUCAACAGUAACAAGAACACCAUCAACAGCAACAAGAACACCAUCAACAGUAACAAGAACACCAUCAACAGUAAUAAGAACACCAUCGACAGCAACAAGAACACCAUCAACAGUAACAAGAACACCAUCAACAGUAACAAGAACACCAUCAACAGCAACAAGAACACCAUCAACAGCAGUAACAAGAACACCAUCAACAGCAACAAGAACACCAUCAACAGUAACAAGAACACCAUCAACAGCAACAAGAACACCAUCAACAGCAACAAGAACACCAUCAACAGCAACAAGAACACCAUCAACAGCAACAAGAACACCAUCAACAGCAACAAGAACACCAUCAACAGUAACAAGAACACCAUCAACAGUAAUAAGAACACCAUCGACAGCAACAAGAACACCAUCAACAGUAACAAGAACACCAUCAACAGCAACAAGAAUACCAUCAACAGCAGUAACAAGAACACCAUCAACAGCAACAAGAACACCAUCAACAGCAGCAUUAAAGUCAAUUUAA